AUGUUUUCUUUAUACACGCCCACCAAAGUUAUCCGCGAUGCAAGCGAUCCGUUCUUUGAAGAAGGCAACAUUGCUAUACGUGCAUACUGGCUAGAACGCGACGCUCGAUCAGAACAAGACAUUGCCAUCAUUCGAGAAGAGGCUUCUAUGCUUGCCGAUGAUCUCCAUCGUCCUAUCUUCUGCGAACACUCUUCAUGUACCAGUGCAUAUGGUGGACCUAUUCCUUUUCCUUCUAUUGCAGCAUACGAGGAACACUAUGAAGCACGUCAUUGUCAUGUAUGCUUGCCAUGUGACAAGACCUUUCCCAACGCCACUUUUCUCCAGCUCCACCUCGAUGAAUACCAUGAUGCCUUCCUCAAAAUAAGAAAGGAACGUGGCGAGAAGAUUUAUCAGUGCUUUGUCGAGGGUUGCAACAAGAAAUGUUCAACUGUAAAGAGGCGUAUGCAACAUCUCAUUGAGAAGCAUCGAUAUCCAAGUGAUUAUCCUUUCGACAUUGUGGCAACGGGUACAUUAUCCUUUGAAGAACGACAAGCUCAUAUGAAACGACAACGCACCAAAGAGUUACGAAAACAGCGAUGGAAAGCAUCAUUAUCAUCAUCAUCAUCUUCUCAUGAAGACAACUCAACCAAGCAAUAUCAGUCGAAUGGCAGGAGGAAUCAUGAUGAUGAUAUGGAUGUGGAUCAGUUGGCGAAUUCAAUGGCUGCUCUAUCAAUACCCGAAACUAUCUCCUUUGGACGAGGUAGGCCAGCAUUUGCACGUCGACCACAACAGCAGCAGCAUCAUCAUCGUCAACAACCUUCUCGAAAGAGUAAAAGAAAGGAACAGCAACAACAACAGCAAGACAUGAUGGAUGAGGAUGUCGAUGGCACACAAGGGGAUCAUAAGAAAGGGUCAGGACAAGAGGAACAAGACAAGGAAUCAACCUCUGGACGACGACGACGACGACGACGACCAAGAGACAAGGGAACGAAUGACAUGGCUGUAGAAGUGAUGGAUGAUGGUACCUCGCAAUAA